AUGAAUAUGUCUAUUAAUAAUAAAAUUGCAGAUCAUACUGUGGGUCAAUUGAGGUCAAAAGUAUUGAAUGCAGAUGAAGUAGCAAGUAAUGUAUUUAUUUUUAUAACUGCUGGUUAUGAAAUAGUAUCAACUAUAUUAGCUUAUUGUACAUAUGUUUUGACUACAAAAUCAGAUAUUCAAGCAAAAUUUAUUUCUGAAAUAAAUCAAAAUCCAUCAGAUGGUAUUGAUAAAGAAUGUAUCGAUGACGUUAACAUGAAUGUAAUAUAA